AUGGCAUCACGGGCAUGGCGGGCAUCACGUCAGGUGCAGCAGUCUGUUUGGAGAUCGGUCCGCGAUCCUGGCUCCAUCGUUCCACGGCGAUUCACCUCGACGCCAGGCGAUGCCAGGUCUUCCUUGCUACCCAGCUUCGGCUUGAGGACGCGGGCCUUUUCCACGGAGGAGAAGCUUCCAGACGCCGCCAGCCAGGUGGUCAUGCUCUCAGAUGAGGAGGAUGAGGAUGACGAUCUGGAGGAAGAGAAUUUGCCGCCUUGGCGUCAGUUGAAGCCCUGGCGUUGGCAGCCCCCUGAGGAGGACUUGGGCUGGUUGAAGAUCUUCCAGCUGCCCAAAGUGCAGGUGGACGAAGCUGGGCGGAGUUACAUCAUAGGAUUCUACGCGACAGGCAUUUGCAUCUUCUUCACCUUCGUGCUUGCCGCGGCUUGCGACGCUUCUACAUGCCAUGCGUUUUCGGACCGCGCCGUUGGAGAAAUCCCGACGGCGAAUGAACCACCGAACGCGCCGGUGGCCGGUGGCGAAAAGGGGACCCAAGGUCGCACAGAAGAAGCACAGGUCGCGAUGGGGCAGAACUUGCGUGCGCCACUCAUCCUCCUUGCUCAAGCUGGAACGAUGCGAGGGGUCUUCAGUAGCAAAAUGCCGAUCCAUUGGCCGAAGAUCAGUGUCUCCCGAACCGAGACAGCUGCCACCGGGCAAGCAUUUUUGGUGAUGGCGGAGGCCGAGGCCGCUGCGCCCGACGGCGCUUCCGGCGCGUCUUCGCCGGUGGAGGCGCCGGGGAAGAGGUCAACUCUCUACAAAGAGGACGUGCUGCUUGAUGGGCAUUCUUCAGGAAGGCUCGUGAACGAGCACACUGCCGUUUGGGGCUCUUUGUUUGACCCUGAGAGCAAGCGAUGGGGCUACAAAUGCUGCACCUCGCCUGAGCAGUUCGGUAGGUGCACCGCGGAGAAGGCGCCGGAGCCGGAGGCGAAUUCCAGCGACCUGGACAACUCUCCGGACAGUGAAGACCUCCUGGGGCCGAAUGGCUUGGAAUCUUGGCAGCCGCUCCUGCAGAAGGGGGCCAAGAGGUCUCCCAGCUGCAUCCUUCAGAGUCAGAUCUCAGCCGAUGAGAACUACAAGGGCUUUCCGGAUUUGGCCGUGACCACCUUGAAGCCCUUGCUGCAGCCGUCGCGAGAGGCCUUAGACGCCGGGACGGCAGAGAUCCUGAUCCGCCGCUUGCACAACCCCAGGGAGUUGGCCACUCGUAGCGCGUUUUUGGAGCACGCAGCGGCCGGCGGCGUUUUUUGGGUGGCGUUGUUGGUGGCGAUGUGUCUCCUCGCUUGGGCUUCAGCUGCGGCCUCAUGGCCGGCUUCGACUUGCGACGGGGAGGGUGACGACUCGUCCUGUGGCUUUGGGCUGGUGCAAACACGUGCAGGACGAGCAGAGCACGGGCGAGAGGCUGCUCGCUCGCGACAGCGGCGACCGCUGCCCGCAUGGCAGCAACGGGCCUACUUGGUGGGUGCCAGUCACAAAGCUGGGACGGAAAUGUUGCACCACAUCAUGAAGUGGACUUUUGAUGUUUUGGGCGGUACGGAUAGUUGCGACUACGAUGCCAACGGGGGCCCAAUUACCGCCUAUUCACCCAUGCGUGCAGAGUGUCAUUUGCACCCGGCAAGGCUCCGUUUUAGCAAUCACAUCACGGGUGAGUGUGUGAAAGAGUUGCGCGCCCUCAGUGCACCAGUUGGCGGAGAGAUCUACACCGCCUUAGGCAUCAACAUGCCGGUCAUGCCACCCGAGGAGGGAAUUCCCGAGAUGGGGAAUCGCAUGAUCAACGUGAUCAUCGACAUGGCCAAUGCCUACAAGGCGGCCCAGUCCGACAUGAUGAUUAUACGCUUCGAGACCAUCACGAAGAACUCCGCAAACUUCAACCAAACCAUCAAGGAGCUGGACAUGGUCCACUUCCUGUUCCAGGACGAGAUCACCCACGAGCAGCGCCAAGCCAUCCUGGAUGCGACUGUGGCCGAAGACAUCAACCGCGCAGACAAGGCGGGCCUGUCUUGGCAGUACCAGGACGGCGGCGAACCAGACCACUCAAAUGAUGAUGCCGAUAUGGUGGAAAACGCCAAGUACUUGCACCUGAUGAACCCGGACCUCUAUAAAGACUUCGUGUACUACAGGCAUCUACUCGGCUACGAGAAGGGAGAAGUGCUUCUCGGCCGAGCUGGUGGAGCGGACCGGUCCGAGUCUGGUCGGCCGUCUCUGGGGGUCAUCCGAAGCGGGGUCCUAGAGCAAUUGGACGAGAUCGCCACUAACAGUUCGAAUUUGGACUACCUGGCUGCCAGGGCGGGCUACAUGAAACUGACUUUGGGCAACAAGACCUGGAACAACACCUUCGUGGCCCAUGUGGCGGCGUGCACCAUGAAGGGUGCCCGCGAAUACCGGCGGAACCGAGAUAACUACAACACCUACGACAUGGACCCAGACUCUCAGAAGUACAUGCAUGCCCUCCUGAAGCUGGUUCAGUUAGCCCAGUGCUUGCGGCCCAACGGUGAUCAGUCGAAGAACUGCGAUACUUGGCACAACGGCGGUCAGCGAAUGGUUGGGUUCAAGUGA